AUGACCCACAGCCCCGCAACCCCACAGCCCCGCCUGCCCCACACAGCCCCGGCGCUCCUGCUCCUCCUCACCGCUCUGCCCACCGCCCUCGCCUGCCACCACCUGCGCACCCGACACCCCACCUUCCCCUGGGACACCCUCCAGCUCCUCCACGCCAUGGCUCCCAGCCCACCACAGCCCUGCCAGCACCACCACCACCCGCCCUUCUUCCCCGACACCCUCCUCCAACACACCCCCCCGCACCAAGCCGCCCGCACCGCCCUCCGCAUCCUACAACACCUCUUCCACACCCUCAGCAGCCCCAACACCCCCCACCACUGGCACGCCCACGCACGACACCACCUCCUCAACAGCCUCCAGCACCACAUCCACCGCCUGCAGCGCUGCCUGACGGACAACGCCACGCUCUCCCCAGGACAAGGGCCCCAACACCUCAGCCUCAACAUCACCAGAUACUCCCGCGACAUCCGGCACUUCCUCCGCGCCCACGGCCACAGCGCCUGCGCCUGGGACCACGUCCUCCUUGAAGCUCGCAGCUGCUUGCGACACGUGGACACGCUCCUGCGGCAAACCCAGAGCCAAGCUGCUCCUGCCCUCCAACCACACCAGCCGCGCCCCACGCCCGGCCCCAGCCCAGCCUGGCACCCACAGCUCCAGCACAGCCCGCAGCAGCCCGGCCUGGCAGCGCUCAGCCCGGCUCACACCUCUUCCAGCCAGGAGCCCGCGCCCACGGGGACGUGGCCAUGA